AUGUCUGAUCAACAGGCAAUCCUUCAGGCUACGGCCACCCAUUUCCCUCCCGAAGCAAAUUAUGUUGAAGAGACCAAAACUAUCACCGUCAUCUUCAACACAGAUCGCGACUGGAUACAAGGCCCUGAAGAUCUCAUCAUCAGGCAGAUAUCUCAGUACCUCAACAUGGAGUUUGAUAUAAGACUGUGA